AUUUGUUAUGUAUAAUAUUUAUACUCCUCGCCCAUAUUUUCUUUCCAGUACUGGGGAGUGCGCACAUUUUCUUAUCCUUCACACCAAACCCUACACACUUCACAUUUUGAAAGACUUCUAUUCGUCUAUAAAUACACAACUAUAUAGAUACAUAUCUCUCAUCAGUCAUAUAUAUCACCCAAUAUAUAUAUAUAAAUAUAAAUAUAUUAUCAUGAAUAAGGUAGUAUUAACUUUUGCUAUUUGUAGAUUGAUUGUUAAAGUAGGGUUAACCAUGGAACUAACGGAUGUUCUCCGGCUAGCAAUUGACGGCCAGCUAAGCCUUGACCAAGCUGACGUGGAAAUGGCUUCUAAGGAUUUUGGUUUAAUGAAACGAGCGAAGCCGUUAGCCGUGUUGCACCCGGCGUCGGCUGAGGACGUGGCAAGGGUAGUGAGAGCGGCUUACAGGUCGAGUUGGGGGCUGACUGUUUCGGCAAGAGGAGAAGGGCAUUCCAUAAACGGUCAAGCCCAGACGAAGAACGGGAUUGUGAUUGCAAUGAGCAGAUCGUGUUCGUGGGGAAUGAAGAAGAAGAAGUCGAAGUCGAAAUCGAAGGAGCAGGAGUCGUUGGAUCAGCGGCCGAGACCUCGAGUUUGUGUAGAAGAGAUGUUUGUGGACGUUUGGGGUGGGGAGCUAUGGAUACAGGUGUUAAUGGAUACCCUAAUGCAUGGGCUGGCUCCCAAGUCAUGGACUGAUUACUUGUACUUAUCAGUUGGAGGAACCCUUUCCAAUGCUGGAAUUAGCGGUCAAACCUUUAAUCAUGGUCCUCAAAUCAGUAAUGUUCAUGAACUCGACGUUGUUACAGGCAAAGGUGAGCUGAUGACUUGUUCAGAAGAGAAAAACUCAGAGCUCUUCUACGCAGUUCUAGGUGGUCUAGGCCAAUUUGGAAUUAUAACUAGGGCAAGAAUUGCUCUUGAACCAGCUCCUGAAAGGGUGAAGUGGAUGAGAGUACUGUAUUCCGAUUUCAUGGCAUUCACCAAAGACCAAGAGUUUCUCAUCUCUUUGCAUGGACAACCUAGUCCCCAAAAAUUCGACUAUGUGGAGGGUUUUGUUAUUGUAGAUGACAGCCUUAUUAACAGUUGGAGGUCUUCUUUUUUGUCACCACUAAAUCCAAUCAAACUUUCUUCCGUUAAUCCUGACGGAGGUGUGCUAUAUUGCUUGGAGAUAACCAAAAACUAUGCUGAAUCCGAUGCUCACACCGUUGAUGAGGAUAUUGAGGCAUUGUUAAAGAAACUGAAGUUUAUACCUAACUUGGUAUUCAAAACGGAUGUUCCGUACGUGGAAUUCUUGGACCGAGUCCACACAUCCGAGUUGAAACUCAGGUCCCAGGGAUUGUGGGACGUACCCCACCCAUGGAUCAACCUUUUUGUCCCCAAGUCAAAGAUUUCUGACUUUGAUAAGGUUGUGUUCAAAAGAAUUUUGGGUAAAAACACCAGUGGGCCCAUUCUUAUCUACCCCAUGAACAAACACAAAUGGAACGAAAGGAGCUCGGUGGUUACACCAGAUGAGGAGGUGUUUUACGUGGUGGGAUUGUUAAGAUCGGCAGCAUCAUCAGGCUCAGCCAAUAAUGAUAGUAUUAAUGAUGAUAUUGAUGAGACACAAAGUGUGGAGUACUUGAGCCAACAGAAUGAUGAUAUAGUGAAAUACUGUGGUGAAGCUGGGAUCAUGGUCAAGAAAUACCUACCCCACUUCGAAACUCAGGAGGAGUGGAUGGACCACUACGGACAAAAGUGGGAUCACUUUCUCAAACUCAAGAACAAGUUCGACCCUCGUCGCGUAUUAGCCACUGGCCAGCGUAUAUUCACCACUAAUAUGAACAAGAAAACAAAAAAAUAUUAAAUAACUAUGCUCUACUCGAUCUACCUAGAUAAUUAAGGCCGUAGCUAAUUAUAUAAAUUAAAGCUAGGUUAGCCUAAAUAUAUAAUUUCUUGGGAAUUAAGGGUCUUUUAAUUAUGUAUGGUGUGUGCUUAUUAAUAUUAUUAUUAUGGUAUGUGUGGGUAGAAAGAACUGAAGGUUAAUGUACUUUUGCAUGAAGUAGCCAUGAGCCCCAACAGGCGACAACCCGAUCUGCUUCUUCACCGGAUAUCAUCUUGUCCUUCCACCACCUCUGAUAUUUUGUCUGCCACCAUAUUAAUUAAUUACUUAUUACCAGGCAAAAUUUAUCCUCUUUUUAUUGUUAUGUCUUUUUUUUUUCUUUCUUUUUCUAAUGAAGCUUUUUGUUUUUGUUUCUAGCUACGUACGUACUCCUAUAUUUAUUCCUCUAUUAAUUUUACAUAAUCUUUC